AUGGAAAAUAUGCAUCUAAGGCGAGUUAGAACCAUGCCCCGCCACAGCCAGUCCCUGACCAUGGCGCCCUACUCCUCCGUGAGCCUAGUAGAGCAGCUGGAAGACAGGAUCCUCUGCCAUGAGAAAACGACUGCUGCCCUCGUGGAGCACGCCUUCCGCAUUAAAGAUGACAUUGUCAACAGUUUGCAGAAAAUGCAAAACAAGGGGGGAGGUGACCGCUUGGCCAGGCUUUUCUUGGAGGAGCACAUCAGAAACAUAACUGCCAUAGUGAAGCAACUUAACCGGGACAUUGAGGUACUCCAGGAGCAAAUCCGUGCCAGGGACAACAUUAGCUACGGAACUAAUUCUGCCUUAAAGACCCUGGAGAUGCGUCAGCUCUCUGGUUUGGGAGAUCUUCGAGGAAGAGUGGCAAGAUGUGACGCCAGCAUAGCAAGACUGUCCGCAGAGCACAAAACGACCUAUGAGGGGCUCCAGCACUUGAACAAAGAACAGCAAGCUGCUAAACUUAUCUUGGAAACGAAAAUCAAAGAUGCAGAGGGACAGAUUUCUCAGCUUUUGAACAGAGUUGACUUGUCAAUAUCAGAGCAGAGCACCAAACUGAAGAUGUCCCACAGAGAUAGUAACCAUCAGCUUCAGCUUUUGGAUACUAAAUUUAAAGGUACAGUUGAGGAACUCAGUAACCAGAUUUUAUCUGCACGGAGUUGGUUGCAGCAGGAACAAGAACGGAUAGAAAAAGAACUUUUACAGAAAAUUGAUCAGCUUUCUUUGAUUGUUAAGGAAAACAGUGGAGCCAGUGAAAGAGACAUGGAGAAGAAGCUCAGCCAGAUGUCAGCCAGACUUGACAAAAUAGAAGAGAGUCAAAAGAAGACUAUGGAAGGGCAGAGAAUGAAGCAAGAAGAGGAGAAGGUGCACGGGCGAAUCAGCAAGCUGGAGCUACAGAUGAGUGAGGACAUGAAGGAAAUGAAAGCAGAAGUUAAUGCGGGGUUUACAGCCAUCUAUGAAAGCAUAGGAUCCCUCAGGCAAGUUCUCGAGGCCAAGAUGAAGCUAGACAAGGACCAGCUACAGAAGCAAAUCCAACAGAUGCAGAAGCCAGAAGCUCCCAUGUGA